GCAUGCUAUAACUUUCACCUUUGACAGUGACAGCUGACUUGACAUCUGUCCACAAAUUUCAUUGCUACAAAGGUUGUAAAGUUAUAAACAAUGACUAGUGUUGCUUCAGAGGCACUAACCUAUAAAAGGGAACAAGCUCACUAGGGCAGGUUCAUCAGAAGGGAAGGGAUCAACAGGUGAAAGCAGAAAUAUAAAAUGCCAUGUACAAUGUACAUACUCGUAUAUAUCCCUAUACACAACAAAUUUUAACAAGGGUAUGGGAUCCAUAUAUUUGUAAUAAAAAACGGGUAUUCCGAAUUAUUCCAAUAUACUCCGAAAUUACAUUCGCUCAAUACCACGUCUAAUUUUUAAC